AAUACAUUUUCAAAAGAAAAAAUUUGGUAACUGUUCUUUUUAUCCUUGACUGUCAAAUAAUUGGUGUUAGAAGAUUUUCUUUUAUUAAAGCAAAAAUAUUAUAAAUAACAAAAUAAUUUUGAUAGUAACACAAAUAUUAAAAUAUUCACUGGAAAUAUGAAUAAUGCUACUUCAAUUAUUAUUGUGAUUAUCUGUUUCAUAAAAGUGUUUGUCAAUGCCACAAAAUCAUUGGAAGUAUCUAAAACGCAAAACAAUGAGGCUGUAGAAAUGAUAAAAGAUGAUGAAAUGUGCUUCUUGUGUCAUGAAGAGAAAUUAACAGUAAAAUUUUUACCUUGUUUACAUAAAAUCGGAAAUGAAUGUGCAAGUAGAUUAUUUGCGUAUGGUCACAAAUAUUGUCCAUUAUGCAAAACAGAAAUAAUGAUGUUAUCAAACUAUGUCGAUAAAGGAAUAUGCUAUAGAUGUGAGGAUGAAAAAUUAACAGUAACAUUUAAGCCUUGCGGUCAUAAAAUUGGAAACAACUGUGCAUAUAGAAUGCAUGUUUUGAAUCAAAAAUCAUGUCCUUUUUGCGAAAAUUAUAUUAAUGAGUUUGAAAACUUGUGUAAACCUUAUAUACCGGCGCUUAAUAAACCUGACAUUGAGCUUUGUGUAUGUUGUACCGAAAAGACCUCGCGUACUAUUCAACCUUGUAAUCAUUUAGUAGGAUACGAGUGUGGAAGUAUAAUAGAUGAUGCAGAUAUAAUAAGUUGUCCAAUUUGUAAUCAAGUAGUAAACAGUAACACUGUGAACCAAAACCCAGUAGAAUCCCCAAAUAUGUACAGUAGUGAGCUAGAUGGAUAUCAUACAGAAUAUCCUACUCCUUAUCCUGCAGACUUGCGCAGAAAUCGUACAGAUAAUGAUGAUAGUUUUGGCCAUGAUGAUGAAAAUUAUGGUUUAAUAAGUUCCACCAGAGAUAUAUAUUCUCCAGAGAUCAAUACUCGGAUGUACAGAAUGGCGUUAAAUUCCGAAAUUAAUUCACCAAUUAUACUAUCACAUUAUCAAACUCCGUUUGCUCGUGAGUUUUCUACAGAUUCACCAGGUAGUUCAUAUAGAUAUAUUGGUGAUAGAUUAGAGAGAACAGAAGAUAUAGGAGUGUUCGAAUAUAUUCGUGAUGAAGAGAAUGAUAUAACUGAUGUAGCUGAUGGGUUCUCCCUAUCCGAGGCUCAAGAUUAAACACUAGUAAUAUAGAUUUUGAUAAUACAAGUGAUACUUUCUGAUAUGGUUAACAAAAGAACUCUUUAUACUAUAAGUAUCAUUUUAUAUUGUUUAUCACAACAUUCCUUAUCCUUGUUCAAAAAAUAACUUUUGCUAUAUGAUGUUAUAAUUAUUACUGAAAAAUAUAUUAAAAAAAAUUAAUUUUUUCA